UUUCUUCAACUUAUAUCCAUUGAGAAUGUAUAAUAAUGAUAUGCAUAUAGGAGUAGGAAGGUACUUUAUUAGCUAUAAAUGUAGGAAAUAACUUCAAUAAGCGUUGUAGACAAAACAAAAACAGCUGCAGAUAUGACACAGGAUAAAAGAGAGAAGAUUGGCAUCAAAACUAAUACUAGCCAAGCCAAAACAAAAACCUGUGAUCAAAGGACCAAAAAAAAACUUUCUACCACUCUUUUGAACCUUUUGGACACUGAGGAUGAACUUUCUAGUAUCCGGUGGGAUUCAGUACCUAUGGAUGUAAAAGAGUGGUUAACAGACACUUUUGCAAAGAAAAAAGAGGCAUACAGACUGCAACCUGAUGAAAUAACAAGCAUUCGGAGUAUUUCAUACGCUUUAGAGAAUGGCGUUGUGGUAGAAAGGGAGCUCCGUACAGCCACUACUUCAAUGGGCAUGGCUUAUGAAUUUGAAGUAAUACAAGCUAUGAAGACUAUCGAUAAAUGGGAUUUUAAUGUGUUUACCUUAGAUGAAGCUGCUGAAGGACACUGCUUAAGAUUUAUGAUGUGUGAAAUAUUCAGCAAAUAUGAUCUUUUGAAACGUUUCCAGAUACCACUUAACAUUCUAAUCACCUUUGCAAAAGCUUUGGAAGCUGGUUACAGUAAACACAAAAAUCCAUAUCACAAUUCUAUCCACGCUGCAGAUGUUACUCAAACUGUGCAUGCCAUUAUGAUUCAUACUGGAAUGAUGCAAUGGUUCACUGACCUGGAGAUCUUAGCUAUUUUUUUUAGCAGCAUCAUCCAUGAUUAUGAGCACACCGGAACUACAAACCAUUUCCACAUAGAGACAAGGUCAAAAGCUGCUCUUUUGUAUAAUGAUAGAUCAGUUCUUGAAAAUCAUCACCUGAGUGCUGCUUUCCGCCUGCUGCAAGACAGAGAUACAAAUAUCUUAGGCAACUUAAUCAAAGAUGAGUGGAGGGAGUUGCGUCGCAUGGUUAUUAAUAUAGUUUUGUCUACAGAUAUGUCACAUCAUUUCCAGCAGAUGAAAGUCAUGAAACAUGUUCUGCAGUGUCUCCAGUUAACUGACAGGACACACAAGGAUAAAAUCAUGUCUUUUCUGGUACACAUAGCUGAUAUCAGUCAUCCAGCAAAGCCUUGGGAACUGCACCAUCGAUGGUCAGAAGCAUUACUGGAAGAAUUCUUUGAACAGGGAGACAAAGAGGCUGAAAUGGGACUUCCAAUUUCUUCGCUCUGUGAUCGCAAGACAACCAAUAUUGCAGAAUCCCAAAUAGGUUUUAUUGAUGUUAUAGUAAAACCAGCAUUUGUUCUUCUACUUGAAAGUGUGGAAAAACCAUCUACUCCUGUUACAUCUGAAGCUGCUAAUUCUCUAUGUGAAAAAGAUAGGAAAGAACAAUCCACGGAGAAUAAUGAAGUAAAUCCCAGUGGAAACUGUCUACCUAAAGAUUAUGUGAUUUGCCUAGAAAAACAGAAUUUAAACCUACCAAGCUUUAGGGGCCAAAUUCUGCACAAUAUUGAAACAAAUAGAAACAAAUGGAUGGAUAAUAAAGAAGCUGUUAACAAAGGAGAACCGCUAGAUAAGGAAAGCAACAAGGCUAAAAAGCAAGUUACAGUUAAAUCUAAAGGACAGCAAGGAAAACCUCAGAAAACAACAAAGGAAAAAUCCCAGGUUUCUAGCCCAAAGGAUUACUGUACUGCAGCACAAAAUCCCUCAACUUGCCGUUGUCAACUUUGUAUCAGCAAAGCAUUUGAACCAAUGGAGGUCAGCUUCAUAGUUUACAAUGCAAAUUCAUCAGAAUUAUCACAACCACAGCAGGAUACUGAUGUCAUGGAUGUCACGGAAUCAUAUGAGGAACUAGUAGAUAAUGAAAGUUCUUGGAGGAAAGCAACAUGUCAGAAUAUAGAUGAAAGCGUGCAAGAAAUGAGAAACAUGGUUCCCAAAACGAAGGUUCUGCAUCCUGAUGAAAGUGAUGAUGUUAUCAUUGAGGAAUUUAUGCCAAAUGAUCCAGAGCCCCCCAAAACUACUAAACCACCUGAUGAUGUUACUCCAAUGGAUUGUCAGCAACUACCUAAUCUUGGAUUUUUACGGACAAAUUUAACCAAAAGUGACCUGGAAAUUUUUUCACUGUGGAAUGAAGAAGUUAUGAGACGUGCAGCUGAUCAGCAGAAAAAAAAAUUGACCGACACAACCGUACAAGUGGCAGCGCAAUUGGUGCAAAAUGAACAGUGUCAAGGAAGUGGAAAAGCUCCUGCUCAAAAUCCUGAAACAUUCAUCUUACAAGUAAUCUCCGUUGAUUCUCCUUCUGCAACAUGCCAAGAUCACACGCCAUGUCAGCAGGGCGUUGCCAGUACUCCCGCCCCCACCAAUGCUCCUGUACCAGCAUCAAAUGUCUCUCAAGCAAAUGAAGCAAAUCCGUGUGGAGCUGCAGCUGUAUCUGUCACAUCCCUGAGUUAUGGGGUCUUUAAAAUCCCUUAGUAACUUGUUCACUUGCAGAGUCGGAUUGCUCUGUCUUCAAGCAGAAUAGGCACCCAUAUCACGUACAAGGCCAGUUGACGCAAAUAAAUAGAUCUUUUGCCUG